AAGCGUCACAUAAACGCGGUGAUUGACAGCUGUCAGCGGCGGGACGCGGAGUUGAGGCGUUCGCGGCGUGUUAAUAGAGAAGAGCGAUGAUUUGACGCGUUCGUGGCGCACUAUAUGACGCGGCGGAGGGAUCAAGGAAGCGCUCGUGCGGUUUUCCUUUUAGAGAAAGCGCGUCUUUCUUGGAGCUCCAGGAGAAGGUGAAGCCGGCUGGAGGCGCUCAGGGUCAGCAUCACUUCUCAAAGUUUCUCGCGAACUCUGCUGGUGUAUGAGCGCCGCUUCGGAACUCGCUCUCUCACUGACUGUCGCUCCAGGGCUCCGCCGCCAUACGGAUCGUUCUCUCCGGUUUCUAUGAUGUUAUCCAGCCACAGCGCCGCGGCUCUGAGUGGAAGCGGAUCAGCUGCGGGGAAGAGCGCAGGCCACGGCGCGGUGGUGAUGGGAGCCGGGGUCCGCGCGGGGUUCGCUCGGGGGCUGGGGCCGGUGGGGCUCGGGAUCCCAGGGAGGUUCGAGCCGGAUAAAGAGGGACCCCCGCACCUGUGCAGCGGCUCCGACGCGGACUCUGACUCCGGAGACGAGGACGAGCUCAUGGGGUCAGUCGGGGACAGCCGGAGGGGAGGCGGCGUCAAGCGGGAGAGAGCGGAGAUGGAAGCCGCGAUAGUGGGACCCGAGGCCGGCUUGCCCUCCGCGGCGCUCGCGGCUGGAGCGGCUGGAGCGAAACCGGGCAAAAAGACCCGCGGCAGAGUGAAGAUAAAGAUGGAGUUUAUAGACAACAAACUGCGACGGUACACGACCUUCAGCAAGAGGAAGACGGGCAUCAUGAAGAAGGUGAGAAACUAUCACGAAGAACAAGCAAACACGUACGAGCUCUCCACGCUCACAGGAACUCAGGUGCUGCUGCUGGUGGCCAGCGAGACGGGGCACGUCUACACAUUCGCCACACGUAAGCUGCAGCCCAUGAUCACCAGCGAGACGGGCAAAGCUCUGAUCCAAACCUGCCUGAACUCCCCGGACUCCCCGCCGCGCUCCGACCCGUCCACGGACCAGCGCAUGAGCGCCACGGGCUUCGAGGAGACGGACCUCACCUACCAGGUGUCCGAGUCCGAGAGUCUGGGAGAAACCAAGGACGCUCUGAAGCCAGCGGGCAGCAGCACCGUCCCCAGCUCCUCCAGCAGCCCGUCCUUCCCCAUCACCAGCUACCUGCCCCCCGCCGGCAACGGAGCCAAGAGCAGCGGAGCCACAGCAGGAGUCAUGCAGCUGCCCGCGGGGUUCACCUUCAUGGCAGGUGUGUGUGGGGUCAGGGGUCAGGGGUCAUCUGCUGUUCACAGCUGUAUAGAUCCGUCCCAUACGGCUGGUGUUCCUCAGGUGUUCCUCACAGCUCCUCCCGGUACGGUUCAGAUUCCCGUCUCGGCGGUGCAGCUUCAUCCAAUGGUGAUUGGUCAGCAGUCCAGCGGCAGCAGCAGUAGCCUGACCGAGCUCCAGGUCAUUAAUCUGGACGCCUCACAGAACGCCAAAAACCACUGACCGUGCCACCAGAGACUGACGCCGCUAUUUAUUAACGCCUUUCUGAGACUGACCUUUAUACAGUUCUGCUGUAGACGAGACUGUCUACAACCACAGCACAAUGUGUGAUGAAGAGAGACCUGUGUGUGUGUGUGUGUGUGUGUGUGCGUGAGUGUGAGUGUGUGUGUGAGUGUGUGGUGUGUGUGUGUUU